UACCGGGCUCGCUGCGCGGCUGGGGCGCGCACCCGCGGGGCUCGGCGCAGACCCCGCCGUUCCCUCCCGGCCCCUCGUCACCCGCUGCCGGGCGGAAAGUUCCGCGGGUAGCUGCCGGCGCUGUCCCUGCCCGGCGCGGCACUCUGCGGCCGGCACCUCCCCAUCCCCAGCUCCACGGGGGCGGCGCGGCUCCGCGGCCGCCAAAGUUGCGGCGGGGCCGGGGGACCGCCGCUGCUACCAGCCAUCAAGUGGCUCAUUAAGGAAAUGCAGUUCCUUCUGGGCCUGUGUGGACUAGGGGCACAGAGCGGCGCCUGACUGGCAGGAGGGGAAAGCGGAGACUCCUUCAGGUUUCCAAAGAGGUCCGAGAGGACUGCAUUAGGAAAUCUUGAAGAGUCUUACACUUUUAAUCCUCCAGUCAUUGAUUGCACUCUAAGGACAUUGUGGUGAGGUGGUGGGAGUAAAAAGCAACUGCUUUCCUGACCUGUUAUGACCUAGUUAAGAAUUUGACUGACAGAAUGUUGGCACCAGCUGUGGAAGCGCUGAUCAGCCUCAACUCCAAAUCUCUGUUCUGAGACAGAACAACAGGAUGUGCCUCGUAGAAGAAUCUCAGGAUAGAGAAUUUUUGAUUGAGUUCCAAACCUACAAGUUCAGGGUUCUAUUGGUCUGCAAGUAAGCUGGGGAAUACAAGAACCUGCCCUUGACCUACAAGUUUUUCUCAGUCUUCUAUCAAGGAAGUAGCUAAAGGAGUUGGAAUUCACAAAGUUGAGGUGAGAAACUUGGUGGACAGCAGCAAAAUCUACAAAGAUUCAAAGCUCUGAAAAUACUUCAUCUGAAAUUUCAGACCGCACAGACUCGCAGUGGCCUCUAAGCCAGUGAGAAGAAGGCUGCCAAAGCAUGCUGGUGCCAAGCUGUCGGAUGAUGCAUGUAGUCAGGCCAAUGGUGGUGCUCCUGUGCUUGCUACUCUAUGCUGAUGCUGAAACACCACCAAAGUUUACAAGAACUCCUGUUGACCAGACAGGGGUUUCUGGAGGAGUUGCCUCAUUCAUCUGUCAAGCUACGGGAGAUCCAAGACCUAAAAUUGUCUGGAACAAAAAGGGAAAGAAAGUCAGCAAUCAGAGAUUUGAGGUAGUAAUAGAGUUUGAUGAUGGAUCUGGAUCAGUUCUCAGAAUACAGCCACUGCGCACACCACGAGAUGAAGCUAUUUAUGAAUGUGUGGCUUCCAAUAGUGUUGGUGAAAUAAGUGUGUCCACGAGACUCACUGUUCUACGUGAGGAUCAGAUUCCCCGAGGUUUCCCCACCAUUGAUAUGGGCCCACAGCUGAAGGUGGUUGAACGAACUCGUACAGCUACCAUGCUAUGUGCAGCCAGUGGCAAUCCUGAUCCGGAAAUAACUUGGUUCAAAGAUUUCUUACCUGUUGACACAAGCAACAACAAUGGCCGCAUCAAGCAGUUACGCUCAGAAUCUAUUGGUGGUACACCAAUAAGAGGUGCCCUCCAAAUUGAACUGAGUGAAGAAUCUGACCAAGGCAAAUAUGAGUGUGUUGCAACCAACAGUGCGGGUACACGCUAUUCUGCACCUGCCAAUCUAUAUGUCAGAGAGCUGCGAGAAGUUCGACGGGUCCCACCGAGGUUCUCUAUCCCCCCCACCAAUCAUGAGAUCAUGCCUGGCGGGAGUGUAAAUAUCACGUGUGUUGCGGUGGGGUCACCAAUGCCAUAUGUGAAAUGGAUGCUAGGAGCAGAAGAUUUGACACCUGAAGAUGAUAUGCCAAUAGGGAGGAACGUCCUUGAGCUUAAUGAUGUCAGGCAGUCUGCAAACUAUACUUGUGUUGCUAUGUCUACCCUUGGUGUUAUAGAAGCUGUAGCGCAGAUAACUGUCAAAGCCUUACCCAAACCUCCUGGAACACCUGUGGUAACAGAAAGCACAGCGACAAGCAUAACAUUGACUUGGGAUUCUGGAAACCCUGAGCCAGUUUCCUACUACAUAAUCCAACACAAACCCAAAAACUCCGAGGAGCCAUAUAAAGAAAUUGAUGGGGUGGCCACAACACGCUAUAGCGUGGCUGGCCUCAGCCCAUAUUCAGAGUAUGAAUUUCGGGUAGUUGCUGUAAAUAACAUUGGGCGAGGGCCACCCAGUGAGCCUGUGUCAACAAGGACUUCAGAGCAAGCACCUUCAAGUGCACCACGCAAUGUGCAGGCCCGUAUGUUGAGCUCUACCACCAUUUUGGUACAGUGGGAAGAACCUGAAGAACCUAAUGGGCAAAUACAAGGAUACAGAGUUUAUUACACCAUGGACCCCACUCAACACGUCAACAGUUGGAUGAAGCACAAUGUGGCUGACAGCCAUAUUACCACUAUUGGCAAUCUGGUACCCCAGAAAACAUACUCUGUGAAGGUUCUUGCUUUUACUUCUGUUGGGGAUGGACCACUUUCUAGUGACAUUCAAGUCAUCACUCAGACAGGAGUGCCUGGUCAGCCACUGAACUUCAAAGCAGAACCAGAGUCUGAAACGAUCAUAUUACUGUCCUGGACACCUCCACGCUCUGAUACCAUUUCCAGCUAUGAACUGGUUUACAAAGAUGGGGAGCAUGGGGAGGAGCAACGGGUUUCCACUGAACCUACUACAUCUUAUCGCCUGCAAGGCUUAAGGCCAAACAGCUUGUACUUAUUCCGUCUAGCUGCACGUUCUCCACAAGGCCUGGGUGCUUCAACAGCAGAAAUCUCAGCAAGAACCAUGCAGUCAAAGCCAUCAGCUCCUCCUCAAGACAUUAGUUGCACAAGCCCCAGCUCCACUAGCAUUUUGGUAAGUUGGAAACCUCCACCGGUGGAAAAACAGAACGGCAUUAUCACUGAAUACUCCAUCAAGUACAUUGGGAUUGAUGGAGAAGAUGUCAAGCCCCAUGAAAUUUUGGGAAUUUCCUCGGACAGUACCCAAUACCUUUUGGAACAGCUGGAAAAAUGGACUGAGUACCGGAUCUCUGUGACUGCCCACACUGAUGUUGGACCUGGCCCGGAGAGCUUAGCAGUAUUGAUUCGGACAGAUGAAGAUGUUCCUAGUGGUCCUCCUCGCAAAGUCGAGGUAGAGGCUGUCAACUCUACUGCUGUUAAAGUAUCAUGGCGCUCACCUGUACCUAAUAAACAGCAUGGUCAGAUCCGAGGAUAUCAGGUCCACUAUGUGAGGAUGGAAAAUGGAGAGCCAAAGGGUCAGCCCAUGCUGAAGGACAUCAUGCUGGCCGAUGCACAGUGGGAAUAUGAUGAUACUACUGAACAUGAAAUGAUAAUUUCUGGGCUUCAGCCUGAAACUACAUACUCCUUCACCGUGACAGCCUAUACAACAAAAGGUGAUGGAGCACGCAGCAAGCCCAAACUCGUAUCUACUACUGGUGCAGUUCCAGGCAAACCUCGACUUGUGAUUAGCCACACACAGAUGAACACGGCUCUAAUUCAGUGGCACCCUCCUGUGGACACUUUUGGCCCGCUGCAGGGUUAUCGCCUGAAGUUUGGUCGCAAAGACGUGGAUACAUUUACGACCAUGGAGUUCUCAGAGAAGGAAGAUCACUUCACGGCCACAGACAUUCACAAAGGAGCUUCUUACAUCUUCAGGCUCUCAGCUAGAAAUAAAGUGGGCUUUGGGGAGGAGAUGGUUAAAGAGAUUUCUGUUCCUGAAGAGGUACCCAGUGGAUUUCCCCAAAAUCUCCACUCAGAAAGCUCUACUUCUACAUCAGUUCAAUUAACUUGGCAGAUGCCACUCUUGGCAGAGAGAAAUGGCAUUAUCACCAAAUAUACCAUCUUGUACAGAGAUAUUAAUGUCGCUUACCAGCCAGUUGAACUCCCUGUUGUUCCUGCUGAUACCACUAUGACACUUUCUGGCCUAAAACCAGAUACCACAUAUGAUGUAAAAGUACGUGCCCACACAAGCAAAGGGCCUGGUCCAUAUAGUCCAAGUGUCCAGUUCAGGACACUACCUGUGGAUCAAGCAGUGUUUGCAAAAAAUUUUCAUGUUAAAGCAGUAAUGAAGACUUCUGUUUUGCUGUCGUGGGAAAUUCCAGAAAAUUACAAUUCAGCCUUGCCUUUCAAAAUCCUUUAUGAUGAUGGUAAAAUGGUGGUAGAGGUUGAUGGACGUGCUACUCAAAAGCUGAUCACUAACUUGAAGCCAGAGACAUCAUAUUCAUUUGUGCUGACGAACAGAGGGAAUAGUGCUGGGGGUCUUCAGCACAGAGUGACAGCAAAGACUGCACCUGACGUGCUUCGCACCAAGCCAGUCUUCAUUGGAAAGACCAACUUAGACGGCAUGAUAACUGUGGAACUGCCAGAAGUACCUUCAAAUGAGAAUAUAAAAGGUUAUUACAUAGUUAUUGUGCCUUUGAAGAGGUCUCGUGGAAAGUUUAUCAAACCAUGGGAGAGUCCAGAUGAAAUGGAACUAGAUGAGCUGCUUAAGGAGAUAGCUAGGAAGCGCAGAAGUAUUCGUCUUGCAAGAGAAGUUGAAUUAAAGCCAUAUAUUGCAGCUCACUUUGAAGUUCUUCCUACUGAGUUCACAUUGGGGGAUAAGAAACAUUACGGUGGCUUUGAGAAUAAACAACUGCAGAGUGGUCAAGAAUAUGUCUUCUUUGUAUUGGCUGUAAUGGAGCAUUCAGAAUCUACCAUGUAUGCAACCAGCCCAUACUCUGAUCCUGUUGUGUCAAUGGAUCUUGAUCCCCAACCAAUUACAGAUGAGGAAGAAGGCUUGAUUUGGGUUGUUGGACCAGUGCUUGCAGUGGUGUUUAUCAUCUGUAUUGUUAUUGCUAUACUUCUUUAUAAAAGCAGUAAACCUGACAGGAAGAGGGCUGAAUCUGAUUCUAGGAAAAGCAGUAUACCCAACAGCAAGGAGGUCCCCUCUCACCAUCCCACAGACCCUGUGGAGCUGCGACGCCUUAAUUUUCAAACUCCAGCUUUGAGCAGUAAUUCAGUCCCCUACGCCUCCCUGAUUGGCUCUGUGUCCUCCCUCUCUAGCCAAACUACCACUCAGUCCUUAUACGAUAAUAACUCUCUCCCACGAUUCGCUCGAAAAGGUAUGGCCAGUCAUCCCCCAAUACCCAUCUUGGAACUUGCAGACCACAUUGAAAGACUGAAAGCAAAUGACAAUUUGAAGUUCUCACAGGAGUAUGAGUCUAUUGAUCCCGGUCAGCAGUUCACAUGGGAACAUUCUAACCUGGAAGUAAACAAACCAAAGAAUAGAUAUGCGAAUGUAAUUGCAUAUGACCAUUCUCGUGUUCUACUCUCAGCAAUAGAAGGCAUACCAGGGAGUGACUAUAUCAAUGCUAACUACAUAGAUGGAUACAGAAAGCAGAAUGCUUAUAUAGCAACGCAAGGGGCACUGCCGGAAACCUUUGGUGACUUCUGGAGAAUGAUGUGGGAGCAACGGGGUGCAACUGUCGUCAUGAUGACAAAACUAGAGGAGAGGUCCAGGGUGAAGUGUGAUCAAUACUGGCCAAGCAGAGGGACAGAAACUUAUGGACUAAUCCAAGUGACCCUUUUAGACACUGUUGAAUUGGCAACAUACUGUGUUCGUACAUUUGCACUUUACAAGAAUGGCUCAAGUGAGAAAAGGGAAGUGAGGCAAUUCCAGUUCACUGCCUGGCCUGACCAUGGUGUUCCAGAACACCCAACACCCUUCUUAGCUUUCCUGCGACGAGUCAAGACAUGCAACCCACCCGAUGCUGGACCUAUGGUUGUACAUUGCAGUGCUGGAGUUGGCAGGACUGGCUGUUUCAUUGUGAUAGAUGCCAUGUUAGAAAGAAUAAAGCAUGAAAAGACUGUAGAUAUUUAUGGCCACGUAACUCUAAUGAGAGCACAGAGGAAUUACAUGGUUCAAACUGAGGACCAAUACAUCUUUAUCCAUGAUGCACUGCUGGAAGCAGUGACAUGUGGAAAUACCGAAGUGCCAGCAAGAAACCUGUAUGCAUAUAUCCAGAAGCUGACACAGAUAGAAACAGGCGAGAAUGUCACAGGAAUGGAACUGGAAUUUAAGCGUCUUGCUAGCUCUAAGGCUCACACUUCAAGAUUCAUCAGUGCCAAUCUUCCAUGUAAUAAAUUCAAAAAUCGCCUUGUCAAUAUUAUGCCAUAUGAGUCUACAAGGGUAUGCUUGCAGCCAAUCCGAGGAGUAGAAGGCUCUGAUUAUAUUAAUGCCAGUUUCAUUGAUGGAUACAGACAACAAAAAGCUUACAUAGCUACACAGGGUCCUUUAGCAGAAACAACUGAAGACUUCUGGAGAAUGCUCUGGGAGCAUAAUUCUACAAUUGUGGUCAUGCUCACUAAACUGCGAGAAAUGGGCAGAGAAAAAUGCCACCAGUACUGGCCUGCAGAGCGCUCAGCCAGAUACCAGUAUUUUGUGGUAGAUCCAAUGGCAGAGUACAACAUGCCACAGUAUAUUCUGAGGGAAUUCAAGGUUACAGAUGCAAGGGAUGGUCAGUCCCGAACAGUGAGGCAGUUCCAGUUCACUGACUGGCCAGAACAAGGAGUGCCAAAGUCUGGAGAAGGAUUUAUUGACUUCAUAGGCCAAGUGCAUAAAACAAAAGAGCAGUUUGGACAGGAUGGACCAAUUUCUGUUCAUUGCAGUGCGGGUGUUGGAAGGACUGGAGUAUUCAUAACCCUGAGCAUUGUGUUAGAAAGAAUGAGAUAUGAAGGCGUUGUAGAUAUCUUCCAGACUGUCAAAAUGUUAAGAACACAGCGGCCAGCCAUGGUACAGACAGAGGAUCAAUAUCAGUUCUGCUAUCGAGCCGCACUGGAAUAUCUGGGCAGCUUUGAUCACUAUGCAACAUAAAAACCCAUCGUGGAUUUUUAUUGCAGGCCCUUUAAGAUCCAGAGAGCCGCUUCUGAGCCAUAUGAUGUGCUUUGGAAGUACUUCUUAACUCUUAGCUAAGGAGCAAUUAUUGGGGAUAUAUAAAAUAAAAAAAAAAAAAAAAAAAAAAAACAAACAAAAAUAAUGGGGAUAUAUAAAAAAAAACAAAACAAAACAAAAAAAAACAACAAAAAACCCUAUUCCAUGUGGACCAAGAAUUCUCAGUUUAAUUACCUAACCAUAUAUAAAAGAAUCCUGACCACUGAGGCGUCUGAAGGAUCUCAUUUACAGAUACCUCAAGGGUUCGACAUUGGUUGAAGUUAAAGGGAAGAGGAAAUUAAUCAGAAAGAAUGAUCAUCUUGUUCAGGAUUGCAUGCUUUUGCAAAGAGGAAUUUUGAGAGAACUGCAGUUCAGUGCAAGAUGUUUGUUAAAAGAUUGGGUCCUGGCUUCUCAAACAAAGUGGACUCUUUACUUCAACAUCACCCCUUCCAAUCAUACUGCUCAUCGUAACACUUUAGGGAAAAUGUGGGAAUGUUUAAAAAGAAAGUCCUUGAUUUAGUUUUUUAGUAUUGUAAAGAUACUGCUGACCUGUGCUUCAUUUUUAACUGUGUAAACUUUUUCCUUUUUUUAACAAGAGUUUAUCAUUCAAUGAAGUGAAUUAAAGAAAAGGUUGCAUAACUGUUAAUCUUUUUGUUUAAAACUGUAGAUUUUUUUAAGCUCUAGAAUUGUUAUCUGUAAUAUCGUGCUGUAGAAAUGUUAAAUAAUUUGAAAAUUUGCACAUUUUUGUGCAAUCCUAUAUUUAUCUACAGUACCACAGUCUUGUUAGAUCUUACUGUUACAGUUUUGUUUGGUUUAUUUUUCUUUAAGAAGAUAUUCAUUGUAAUCAGUUAAAUCAAAAUGGGGCUUUUUGGUUUCUUUUGGAAUCAACAGGGAGGCGCAAAGUAUAAAGAUGCUGCUAACACACACACACACAUGCACACAUAUGCACAUGCACACCCACACCCUCUCUCUUUCUAUAUAUAUGAGUAUACAUAUGUAUUACUGUCUACCCUUCUCUAACUCUCUUCAUAGUUACAGAGGUACAGAUAGGUAGAUAGUCACACACUUACAUAUAAACAUAUAAAUUCUUCCAUACCUGGAUUUAUUAAAGCAUUCGGAAAGUUUUUCAGUAUACUACAAUUAUAUUAAGCUACUACUUGAUCAUCUCUGCAUUUCCAAGGUCCAUAAGCUUCUGUUUCAAAGGGAAGUGAGGAAUGCACAUCAUUGAUAUUUGAUCUUCAUCUGUAUCCCAGAUAAUACUUCUCUCCACAUUGCCACUUGAACACACACACAUGCACACACACACAUGCACACACGCACACAGAGUAUGUGAUUUAGGCUUCCAGUGAAGUUCAAUAUUUGUAACACUAUAGUGCAAUAAGAAAUCAUAUUAUUAAAUGUAGGAGGUGUGCAUGUGGGAAAGGUCAGUGCAUAUCCCUUCAGGAGGGGAGAAUGUUGUAAUAUACUAGGUAUUAAGAUGUUUUAAAAUUGUAUUCAAUAGUAUACUGUCUAUAGUGUUAGCUAUAUAAUUUACAUUUAUCAUAUGUAACAGGGCAAAGCCAAACACACGUUGCUCUGUGAAAUCAAACGUUUUGUGGCAUACAGCAUUGUUUGGGGAUGCUGGGUUUUAUUUUGAUUUUACAUUUAGAGUGCCUUAUAUUUGAUGCCUAUUUUGAAUAGCAUUUCUUUAAGUUAGCCUUCAUUUGUAUUUAGUUGAGCUUGUUCAUAUCUCUGUUAUUCUUCUCAAACAUUUUAAUACAUGUAUCAGACAAUUUUGAAAAAUAUGCAUUUCCAGUUUCUAAUCAAGUAUGGAUGGUAAUAAAUGAUAACCCAAAACACAUAGGUAAUCAAGGCCCUUUAUCUUUCCAUAUUUCUAAUAACAGACCAGCCCACAACUUAAAAAUCUAUUUCUUGUUGGCUUUUCAAACCCACUGUGUCAUUGGUUAUAGUGUUAUCACUGCAUAUAUGUACACUAGCAGUAGUUGACAUUAGUAGUGCUCACGCAUCUUUUUACUUUAUUUUAUUUUGGGCCAAGUCCGGUUCAUUCACUUCUGUCAAUAGAUUGCUAAAGUCUGUUGCUUUCAGCAGAACGGUUCAUGUAAGGCUAGCAAGACAGAGUCCACAAAAUGUAUUUGAGAAUCACACUAGAUUUUCUUCCAGGGAACAAAGAAAAUUCUGUAAACAGCACAAAUUACUUUUUAAGACUCUUGAUAGGAUGCCAUUUACUUUGAUCCUGGUUUCCAUCAUGCCUUCCAUCACUGUCAGCACAUGAGUAUCAAAGGAAUUCUUUCUUUGGGGUUUCUUAAGACCAUUGGUAUGGCUUGUCAGUGUGACCUCAACCUCUUUUCUUCUUCUUCCACUUCUCCCACUACUAGCAGAAAGAAAAAUAUGAAAGACCAAACUCUAGCAAGCAUUGUGUUUGAGCACUAUUGUAAAGAAAGAAAAAAAAAAUCAAAACAAAAAUAUAAAUAUAUAUAUGUUAUAGAAGAAUUAUAGAAGGCUACCUCAGAGUGAGAUUCUAUAACUUACAUCUGAACCAGAGAAGAAUGUGCACUAUGUUUCUUUUGCUUCUUUCUUAAUUUGUAUAUUAAUAUAAUUAUUGAAAUGCUAGUUUAUGUGGUGUGGUCAUGUUCAAAUGUAGUCAGCUGUGGUCAACUGAAAUGUAGGGGCUCAGAAAAACACAAUAAUCAAAAAAGCAUCAUUUUGGAAGCACAGACUAGGGAAGAUUCUUGCACACUGGAUCUGUAAAAGGAUCAGAACGUUCUGCCUAGCAGACUGUCUUGAAAGCUCCAAAGAAAAUGAGGGAAUUAAAAAAAAAAAAAAAAAAAAAAAAAGCAGAGCCAAUUUGUGAGGAAAACUGUUGUACAACUAAAUAUUCCUCUUAGUUUUUAUGUUUCUUAAGAUAACUGUUUGCAUCAUUGAUGUGCAUUCCACUUUCUGUAUUCUUACAUAUAGUCACUCUACAGUUAAUUUAAGUUGUGAGCAUCAUCUUUGUCUACAUAUAUCAUACAUUUCCAAGCUUAAGUUGGUCUCAUCAGCAUAACCAGUACGGUGCUAUUAUUUACCUUUAUAUGUAUAGUUAUGUCUAAUUUUGUAAUUAGUUGCAAUGGGGGAAAAAAAACACAAAAUAUAUAAAAAAGAUUUAUACAGAAGUUUAAUUUAGCUCUUUUUUUUAAAAUUGAGUGGUUAGAUAGUGGAGAGGAUGGCUGAGGGAAGGCAUGGCCCUCUAGGGAGAUUUGCACUUUCUAUAUAUACCUUUGUACUAUGCACUGCCCUAUUGAUUCUACACCCAAUAAUGUUAUAACUUGAACCCGUCUGUAAGAAACUGCUUAUAAAAUCCACUUGUGUGUAUUUAAAUGACACAGAACAUGUAAAAAGGAAAAAAAAAGUUGCUUUUUUUCCUUUUAUUCUCUCCUAAUAUUCUUUAUUUUUCUUUUUUCUUAUUUUCUUUUCCUUUUUUUUUUUUUGUUUUUUUGUUUUUUUUGUUUUUUUAUUUUUUGUGCCCUGAUACUCCACAGAUAUCAGAAGGCUGCAGGUCUCAUCAUAACCAUCCAUUAUGUGGCUUUGCCAUUCAAGCUUGGAGUGUCUUUACAAAGAUAAUAAAAAAUUGUGUUCUUUGCUCUUGUUUUGGAUGCAUAGACUGAAAAAUUUAAAAAAUUACCUUGUAAAAUGGCUUGUUAAAACAGAUAAAAUUACCUCUAAUUAGUAGUACGCGUAAAUGUUUUACAGAAUGAAAGGCGUGCUUUUUAUUUUCUUACUUCGUUACAUUGGUGGCGAAAGAAAGUCUGUAUGAAAAUCAGUUCUUUGCUGACACAAGUUCCAUUUGUUACAAAUGAAUUCUAAUAAAAUGUCAGUGUUAUGCAGCCCUGGUCUUUCUUCUUAAGCAGUACUUUUGAAAUCAAACUUGUUUGGUCCCUCUUGGUGAUAAAGGAGUUUAAUUGGAACUACAAAGCAGUCAUUAAUCUUCUUAACUAGCAGCUGGACAGUGGAAAAUGCAUUCUUAGGUUAGCAAAUAUAUAUCAUCUUCAGCAUCAAAUUCUGAGCCAGCAUAGGCAAACUGUUUGGCAUAAAUUCUCAUAGCUUCGUGAAUUUAAUUGAAAUUAUUGCACUUUACAUGCCUCAAGAGUUCCCCUUUGUGCUUUAGAAAUGUAUCAUUACACUGAGAAAAUAGACUUCUGUCCAUUUGUAGGUGAAACCCGAAGAGGGCAAAAUAUUCACAUAUUUGGGGCAAAGUAUUAAUUUUUCAGUCCAGAUUUGGCAAGUUCUGGAAUAAAUCCAAAGUCACUUAUCAGAAUUCAGUUACUGAAAUUGUGGCAAGCAAUCAUGACAUUUUUUCCUCAUUUCUGCUAUGCAAUGCAUGUGCAGCAAGUGCAAACAUGGGGCUGUGAAGCUGCUACCCAAAUACUAUGCAAGUGUUUUCAAACACUUCAAAAAAGUUUUAGAUGAACAUGCCAAGUUUAUUGAGGCAAGCUACAAGGGGCAUAGCAUGCCAAUCUAGUCAAGGCAAAUGUAAGAGUCUUGCUGUUUGCCUGUUUUGAAAAAGAGCAGGCUGUCUCUCCAAGAUUGCUGUCUUAGUAAGGGAGCAGUCUAUUAAUGAUUAGUAAUAAUUACAUUAAUAAAGAAUUCUCAGUGCUGGAAGGAUGUGCAAAUACAUCAACGUUAGACUGACUUCUAAGAACUCGUGGCAUUCUUAGCCCAAUUUCCACAUUAAAAUUGUGAUGAUAGCAUAAAUGUGAAACCUCUGUAUUCUUACAGUCUUACUAACAUUUUUCCACUGACUUCUGUGGAUUUUACAAUCACUGCUUUGCAGGCUGCCUUUGGCUUGAACCUUUUUUGCGUAGUCUGUGCAAGGUGGUUUUAAGCUGUGUUAUGUAAGGGUUUCUUUAACUAUCUGAGUGGCUUUAGAUGGUGCCCUUUGAUGUCAGCAUUGACUUCUUUGGAUUUUCCUGUUCUGUGCAUCUAGCAUGGGCCAAAAUAAAGUGUGAAAAUGAAUAUUGACAAAAAGAUUUGGCUAUGUAUGGGUUAAUACAUUUUAACUUACUGUGUUCUAACAAGACUAGUUCUAAUUCAUGUUUCCUUCACAGAAAAAAAAUAUUCUUAUGUCAUGUACUUUGAGAUCACUAAAGUUAAAAACUGCUGUUGAGAUGUGAAAUUAACCCAUUUCAAAGCAAAUCAGAAUAACAUUUUCAUCUUUUCAAUUUUAUACAAACACUUGGACCAGAUUUCCAGAUUCCCAGAAUCUUUGAUGUUCUUUCACUCUGGUAUCUCUCAAAAUGAGGCAGUUGGUCUGUCUGAUUCUAGAGCAAGAGAGGAUUUCUAUCUGUGGCUUGUAUUUCUUUUCCCACUGCCCACUUCUCCCAGUCUGUGUGAGCUUAGGACAAAAGUGAGCCACUGAUAAGGGUCUAAAAAAAGUACUGAAAAAGUACUGAUAAGGAGUAUAUAGGAAGAACCUGCUCACUAACCAGAGUGUUCAGAACAGGUCAGUACCCCACAGAUCAGUACCCAGUGAAACAUAAGUAGCCAUCACUGGUCAAAAAAGGAAUAGAAAAAUGUUUACAGAAAUUGGAGAGUCCUUUAUGCUUCAGAUAUGACCAUGACCUUUUUCUUUUUUUCCCUCUUAACCAGCUUUAUAAGCAGAAUGAGUUUUAAUUACAUUUCACAGACUUGGGAAUUUUGAGGAAAAUAACUAGAAAAUUGCUGAUGAAUAAGCCAACUUAUCAGUGACAAACGACUUCCAUAAAACUUAUCAUGAAAAAAAAUACCUAUCUUGCCUGUAGAGUUGCUGAAUUCUAUGAAAUAGCCUUGCAUUUUGACACCUAAUUUAACAACUUCAGACAAUGAAAUUUCAACAACAGUACUGGAUCAAAUUGGCAAAAAUACAGAAGGUACCAAAUUAUAUCAAUAUUACUUGCACUGUGGAAGAAUAUAUUUAAAUCAGUUUCAGAAGUGUGAAAUAGUGGUACUUUUUUCAUUCUGUCACUGUGCAUGGGGCAUUGAAACACUGGUGGGGUAUGAGGCUACAUACCCGUAGCAAAUUUUUAUUUUAAGACCUGUGGCAAAUAUAUUUUUAUUAUUAUUUUAUUUGAAUUUUUAAAUUAUUUUGUUUUCACUUUGUUUUGCUUGAUUUUAUUUUAUUUAUUUUUAUUUUGUUCUAUUUUUAUUUUAUUUUUUAUUUUGUUUUAAGGAGGGAUUAUUAAUGCUGUGCUACUGACGGCUACUAUUUGGAAAGUUAUUUAAUUCAAAAACUGAAGGAUCUGAAUAAUGGUGUACUGAUAUUCAGGAGACAGUAUUUUCUCUUUACACUGUCCUGUGUGUUUUAAAUAAUCUGGUUCUGUCCAAUUCUGCUUGUGAAGGAUACCAUAGUAGGAUACAGAAUAUUUUUCUGUAGAUAAUGCAGUGAGUCAAGAUGGGAGGAAACAUCUGCCAGCUAGCUUUCAGAGGAAAGCAGAAUGAUAACCUGCAAAUGAGAGAUUGUAGUGAAUAGAGAACAUUUUGCAUCUAGACUAUACAUAGGAUGCUUUUGAACCCAAAAUGCAUUCAGCUUGCUUCUAUCAGGAGUAGUCUUUAUUAUUGUAGCAAGAACAAGCAAACCUUUCUUUGCCAAUAAAAGCAGUUCAUUAUAUAUUCAAUAGACUUACUGGAUCUAGAAUGUAAAUCUUUAAAGUCAAAACUGCUUGGAGAUGCCUUUCCUUCUCUCAUACAUAGAAACGAGAACAGAAUUUAAGAUUUUCUUCAGUGGAAGAAAUAAUUUGAAAAUACAUGAGAAUUACUAUACUUCUUGUCUUCAAAAAUUCAGUUUGCUCUUGAAAUCUGGUAGGGUCUAAAGGAGUAAGCCCAGUGUUCUGUUGUGGUAGACACUGCAAACACACAGCAAGUUCUUGUCCAUACGGCAAAAUAAACAAAACAUCAUCUAGAGGCUGUAGGUGGCAUUUCCAAGUUCAUGAGUCAAAUCGUGUCUUCUCUGACUCUGAAGCCAAACCAAGAAGCUAGCACUACCAGUAUAAGACAUCUUGUUCAGACAUUGCAGUAAUUCAAAGUAAGCCCAUCAAAACCUGCAAAAAUCGGUGACUAAUGUUGAGUAUCCAUUGAACAGAAAUCUGGCAAAACAGCUAUUUUUCACUUACAACAGUAAAAUAAUGUAUUUCUGUUCCAUAAGCAUAAAAUGCUUAUCAAGUUAAUACAACAUCCUCUCAAUAGUCCACACUUCCAAAAAAUAUUUUGCAAACUUUCAACACAUUCAUGCCUUCUGUUUGAACUCCUUUUAUUCCAUUUGCUCUGUAAAAGUUUGCUAUUGCCUUUUUAUCAGAUGCUUAUACCUGUUCUUUGUCUGUUCCCUUUAAAGCUUAGUCCCUGACAGUUUUAGAGGAUUGGCACCCAAUUUACAUCACCAUGCAGAAAACUAGAAUGACAGAAUAAGAUCCAAACCUACAUACUCAACCUAGAGGUAGCACUAUAUGCGGCUACAAAAUCAUUCUUAACCAUUGUAAAAUGUGGCUUCAAAAUAGCUCUUACAUAAUGAGUAGGCAACAGAGCAGCCUUUCAGCAUGGUGAAGUAGAACUCUCUCUUGGAUAAAGAAUAGGAGAAAUGUGAACUCCUGUUUAGCUCUAAUACAUAUAUGGAAAAUAACAUAAUAUUCCAAGUGGUAUUUUGGGAUGUUUUUAGCUUGGUUGGCUGUGUUUUGGUGGGUUUUUUGUAAAAUGUAAUAUUUGUUUUUAAUGAAAAUCAAUACCAAUAAGGGGUGUUUAUUUUUAAUACACUGAUUUUAUCUGGGAUGGAUUUUAUUUUCUUCAUAGCAGCUCUUGUGGUGCUAAAUUUUAGAUCUGUGACCCAAACAGUCUUGAUAACACACCCAUGUUUUAGUUGUGACUGAGCAGUGCUUUCAUGGUGUCAAGGCCACUUCUGUUUCUCACUCUGCCCCACCAACAAGUAGGCUAGGGGCACACAAGAAGUUGGGAGGGGACACAGCUGGGACAGCUGACCAAAGUGAAAUCCUAUACCAUAUGCCAUCAUGUUCAGCAGUAAAAGCUGGGGGAAAAUAAGAUGAAGGGGGAUGUUUGGAGUUACAGCAUCUAUCUUUCCAAGUAAAAAUUACACGAUGCCCUGCUUUCCUGGAAAGGUCUAACCAUCUGCCAGUUGAUGGGAAGCAGUGAGUGAAUAUCUUAUUUCACUUUGCUUGAGCAUGCAGCUUCAAAUUUACCUAUUAAACUCUCUAUUUCAACCCAUUUUUUUCACUUUUACACAUCUGAUUCUCUCCCCAUCCCACUGUGGGGGUAGAACAAUCAAAUGGCUGUGUGGAGCUUAACUGUUGGCUGGGGUUAAACCCACAACAUUUGGUUACUGAUUUUUAUAGUCGGUUGUUACUUCUAAGGCUGAUAUGGACCAGAAAUUGCAACUGAUAUUCACGGGGACCCAACUGCAGAGCAGCUUCUUCUGCACAGUCUGUGAAGGAGCAGGAGGAAGAAUACAAUGGUCAAGCCCAAGAGUUACAGAAUGGGUAACAGAAUGUUACUGUCUAGAAACUGUAGAUAAUAAGGUGUGAGGGAUAAACACUGCAGCAAAUACAUAAAGACUAUCAACAAUCAUUGACAAAACAUCAAUUUCUACAAAUUCUAAAGAAAAUGUUCAAGUCUGCAAACAAACCUCACAGAUGAGGCCAUUGGAGCUUCAGCUAAAACCUUUCUCUUACGCAUCCUACUCACAUGAAAGCAGCAUCAGCACUGUUCUGUCUGGUUAAAUGAAGUAGUAAUCCAAAGUGAAAGAUCUCUAGAAAGAAGUGAAAGAGCUACUAUCCUGCAUGCUACUCCUUAGGUCAAAUACCUGUACAAAUACAUUUAUGAUAAGAGAAUGCAUUUCAAGGCUUUUUUUAGUAAGUUUAAAAUUAUGAAUAUUUAUUUCUUAAAUGCCAGAUAUAAAUGAAUCAUCUUAAAGUAAACAAAAUUCUGACUUCAGCAGAAAAGAUUUUUUUUCUAUUUUUAGCUCCUUAUUCAUAGGCUGUUAUCUAAGUACUAUCAAAUAAGUAAUAUACGCAACAUGAUAUUUGGUAAAUAUCUGAUGUUUUGUAAUUUUUUAAAGGGUGUAUGAAAAAAAUCUGUGUGGCUUUGUUAUGUCUGAAUCACUUAAUACAUGUACUCUUUAGAAGUAAUAGAAAAUUAACAUAGAAGCUCUGUGUGCAGACAGGGUUUUUCCUCUCUGAAAAUGAAGAGUACUCAAACUGAAACCAUUGAGUUUGACUGGAAUUAGAAAUAUAGUUAAUUUAUUCCUUAUAAAUGUUUUUGUUGCAUUAUUUCUUGCCAAUGUCUUCUGAGGACCCAGCUGGACAUAGUCCUUCACCUGAUUACAAAAUUGGUGGUUUUAAACAAGUAAAGAAUAUUUUCUGUGA